AUGCAAAAAAGGAAUACGAAACUUGGAGGUAAAGAACCUCUUGUAAAAAAUAAAAGGUCCCCAAAAGAAAACGAAAUUGAACAUACCGGUACUUUUAAAAAAAGUACAAACGGUUUACAUGGUGGCUCGUCAAAAGAACAUUCUCCUUUCCAAAAAGUUUCUAAUUAUACACAUACGCCACCAAGAAAAAUUACAUUUCCAACUAAUAAAUUACAAAAGAAAUAUAUAUUAAAGGAAUUAACCAAUAAAUUCGAAAAUUUGAACAUGUCGGACCCUGAUGAUGAUUAUUUUACGGACAUUUCAUCUAAUAUUAAGAGGGAUGUUAUUAUUAUCGAUGACGAACCCGAAACACUUAAUAACCAAAAUGAUGAAUUCCGUGCACCCUCACCUACGAGGAAUAAAUAUGCUAAUUUACCGGAAAUAGAUUUAUUAUCUGAUGAUGAAACUUCGAUACAAAGUAGUACUUCAAGGAGAAAAGGUGAAGGUUCUGCAGAACAUAAACGUUGUCCGUUUUGUAACGAGGCUAUUCCUCUUCCACUUCCGGAGCGUAUCCGAGCUUAUUUGAUUAAAAUAAAUCCUUCAGCUCGAGAUAAGUUAUCUGACCAAACACAGAAUAUAUCGCCAUCAUCGUUCCUUCAACGCUCCUUAAAUAUAAUAGACCAGUUUGAAUUUUGUCGUCUACAUGAUGCAGAAUCCCACAUUGUUCCAGAAGGUCUUAAGAAAAAUUAUCCAAUUAAAAUUGAUUUUGAGAGACUUCCAAAACGGGUUAAGAACUUGGUUCCAGAAUUGAUGUUGAUUAUAAAGGGAAAAAGGAAGAGCUUGUAUAGGGAUGUUGCAUUAUGUGCGUAUCAGGAGUUUGGUAGGGCUCGAGCAAGGAAGCCAACUAUUUUGAUGGGAAGAUUUCAAAAAUUUCAACCUGGAUAUUAUGGAUCUAAAGGCGCCUCUAUAAUAUUUUCUUCUCUCGUCUCUCUUUUUAUGGAUACAAAUAUUCUUACAAUGGAUAUGACAAAACCGCAAGAACCUUUGGAAUACCUCAAUCAGGUACUUGUACCCGAAACUGCAAUUCGGUUAAUUUCUAGGGAUCGUGGUGGUAUUCCUUUAGAAGAUGCAAGAAAGGUUAUGGAAAGUAGUGUUGAAUUUGGAAUGUAUGUACAUGAUGUUGACGAUGAUCUUGACAAUAAAUGA